ACACUUUACGUCAGGCAUGUUCGCAAAUGCUCAUCAAGGUGGAUUUAUAUCAAUAUUCUUUAGCGUUGGUAGCAAUCCUUUAGCAUUAUGGGAUAAACAGGUAAAAAAUGGUCACAUUCGAAGAAUAAUAGACGAUGAAGUUAAAUCUUUGGUUUUGGAUAUUGGAGGUACCAAUGUAGCAACAACUUACAUAACAUGCCCUAUAAAGCCAAGGGCAUCUUUGGGCGUUAAAUUACCUUACCUAGUCAUGAUUAUCAAGAACAUGAAAAAAUAUUUUUCGUUUGAAAUACAGAUUUUGGAUGAUAAAGAUAUGAGACGAAGAUUCAGGGUAUCAAAUUUCCAAUCCACAACCAAGGUGAGACCCUUUUGCACGACAAUGCCCAUUGGUCUGAGUGCCGGUUGGAAUCAAGUACAAUUCAACUUGGCCGAUUUCACUAAGAGAGCUUACGGAUCGGUUUAUAUGGAGACGACAAGGGUACAAAUACAUGCCAACGUGAGGAUUCGAAGGAUAUAUUUCACCGAUCAACUACACACAGACGAUGAACUUCCUAAUGAGUUUAAACUGUUCGCUCCUGGUCCUGGUACUAAAGGAAAGGAAAGGGAGGAAAGGAAAUCUAAGGAGAUAGCACCAGAGGAUGUUCCAGCAAUCAAAAUCGAGAAAAAGGACGAAGAAGAAGAAAGUCCUCCGCCUCCAACUCCGACUGAGGAAUUUCCAGUUCCAAAGGAAGCGUUACAAGUUGACCAAAGUCUAGUUGAUACAGAAUUGGAACCACUGCCCGAAGGCGAAGGAGAAGCCGUUCCUGGAGAAGAACAACCAAAAGUUGAAGGUGAAGAAGCGGUGGAAGGCGGUGCAGCACCUCCUACUGAAGGUACUGAUGAAACUCAACCAGCUGAGGGCGAAGAAAUAAAAACUGAAGAUGUAGGUCAAGAAGGUGAAGGCCAACCUCCAACUGAUGCUGAAGCGCCAAUUGAAGGUGAGGGUGAAACGGCUGCUACAGAAGAAACAGCAACUACUGGAGAAGCUCCAACCGAGGAAACGGGUGAAGGUGACAUCAAAACAGAAGAAGCACCUCCUGAGGGAGUCGAAGAAAGCCCAGAAGACAAACCCGAUGUUGACGAGAAUGUCACGGCUGAAGCUGAAAAUGCAGGAACUGAUAAUGAAACAACUGAAGUCACUGAAGAAAUUAAGACUGAGGUGACUGAAGAAGUUACUGAUACAGAACCUGCUUCUGAUGCGCCAGCUGAGGAGGUUCCUGAAUGAGAUGCCUGAUAAUGCACGUGUACAUAUUUAUUACUUAAAAUAAAAUUUUGACUCUGAUAUAUAAUUUACAAAAUGAUUUACCCAAGAUUUACCUUGUCUUUUAAAAACUACUUGGGCAACCUUUUUUAAAGGUGUAUUAUAGGCAACCAAUUAUACAUCAUUUAGAGUAUUUAUUUCUCAAUCCAAAUAUCAUCAUUCAGCCAGAUUCAGCCUUAUUUUAAAUUUAUUAAUUAAUAAACUCUUCAAAUAUU